AUGUCGUCAAAAGAUCCUACUAUUGAUCCAGCAAGUUUAGAGCAUCUUCGUGUCGCUAAGGGACCUACGGAUGAUUCCGCUGCACAAUCUGACUGGGCUUCAAAAAAGCUCGUUUGGGUUCCUCAAGAGAAUGUCGGAUUUGCUGCGGCAUCAAUUAUCAGUGAAGAUAAAGAUGAUUGCGUUGUUCAGUUGCAAGAGUCUGGAAAAAAGCUUACUGUUCCCAAAGAUGUUAUUCAAAAAAUGAAUCCACCUAAGUUUGAGAAAGUAGAAGAUAUGGCUAACCUAACUUAUCUUAACGAAGCAUCCGUCCUUUAUAAUCUGAAAUCAAGAUAUUACUCUGGAUUAAUUUAUACAUAUUCUGGCCUUUUUUGUGUGGUUAUAAAUCCCUAUAAACGUCUCCCCAUUUAUCGCGAGGAAAUUGUUGAAUGGUAUAAAGGCAAGAAGCGUCAUGAGAGACCGCCACAUAUUUUCGCUAUCGCCGAUACCGCCUAUCGAAAUAUGUUGCAGGACCGUGAAGAUCAAUCUAUCCUUUGCACCGGUGAAUCUGGCGCCGGGAAAACCGAAAAUACGAAAAAAGUUAUUCAGUACUUAGCAUCAGUAGCUACUUCAACUAAAAAUCAAAAGACAACUCCGGGCAAUGCUCUUUCAAAAUUACAUGGUGAACUUGAAGCUCAGUUACUCAAGGCAAACCCUAUUCUUGAAGCUUUUGGUAACGCUAAAACCAUCAAGAAUGACAACUCAUCACGUUUCGGGAAAUUCAUCCGCAUUAACUUUGACACCUCCGGUUUUAUCGCUGGUGCGAAUAUUGAAACUUAUCUUCUAGAAAAGGCUCGAGUUAUUCGACAAGCACCCGAGGAACGCAGUUUCCACAUAUUCUACCAACUUCUUGCCUCUGCUUCACCAGAGUUGAAAGAAAAACUCCUUCUGAAUCAUGCUGCCUCUGCAAAGCACAAUUACCUCUCCCAUGGAAUGAUUGAGGUUCCGGGCCAGGAUGAAAAACAAGCCUUCCAGGAGACCACUGAAGCCAUGUCCAUCAUGGGAAUUACUGAGGAGGAGCAACAAGCCAUUUUCAAGAUUCUUUCAGCCGUUUUGCACUUGGGCAAUUUGGAAUUUAAACAAGAACGCAAUUCCGACCAAGCAACCCUACCCAAUCAAGCUGAUGCCGAGAAGGUGGCACAUUUGUUGGGUGUUCCACUGCAAGAGCUGACUAAGGCGUUUCUUAAACCCAAGCUCAAGAUUGGUCGUGAGACUGUAUCAAAGGCCCAGACUAAAGAGCAAGUCGAAUUUGCCGUUGAAGCCAUCUCUAAGGCGAUCUACGAACGACUAUUCCGAUGGCUUGUUGCCCGCAUCAAUAAGUCUCUCGAUCGGGCCAAGCGUCAGGGUGUUUCCUUUGUUGGUAUUCUGGAUAUUGCUGGCUUCGAAAUUUUCCAGACUACUGAUAAGUCGGCUAUCCGAGUCAACUCCUUUGAACAGCUCUGUAUCAACUACACGAAUGAGAAGCUACAACAACUCUUCAAUCACACCAUGUUUGUGUUGGAACAGGAGGAGUACAGUCGUGAGGGCAUUCCGUGGGACUUUAUCGAUUUCGGUCUUGAUCUUCAACCUACUAUCGAUUUGAUUGAGAAGCCUGUUGGUAUCUUAGCUCUCUUGGAUGAGGAAUGCUUCUUCCCCAAAGCCACGGAUAAGUCAUUUGUGGAGAAAUUGUUCAAACAGCAAGAGAGCAAUCCGAAAUUGUUCAAACCGGAAUUUCGUUCCACCUCGGACUUUGGAGUUUGCCACUAUGCUGGCCGUGUUGACUAUCAGGCAGCCCAAUGGCUUACAAAGAACAUGGAUCCUCUUAAUGACAACGUUGUCUCCCUUCUGCAAACAUCGAAUGAACCCCUUGUUCAGGCCAUUUGGAAGGAUGCAGAGAUUGUCAGUAUGUCGGCCACCGCUGGGAAUGAAACCAACUUCGGUCCAGCUCGCACCGUUCGCAAAGGCAUGCUUCGAACCGUGAGCCAACUCUACAAGGAAUCCCUCAUUCGCCUCAUGUCCGUUCUCCAGAACACUAACCCCAACUUUGUCCGUUGUAUCAUUCCAAAUCACGAAAAGAAGGCCGGAAGAAUCGACGUGCCUCUGGUUCUCGAUCAGCUCAAAUGCAAUGGUGUUCUUGAGGGUAUACGUAUCUGUCGUCAGGGAUUUCCAUCUCGUGUACCAUUCCAGGAAUUCCGUCAAAGAUACGAAAUCCUAACUCCGGAUCUUAUCUCAAAGGGAUAUAUGGACGGAAGGAAAGCUGCUGAAUUGAUGGUUCAGCGUUUGGAGCUGAGUCCAGAACUGUACCGAAUUGGACAGAGCAAGAUAUUUUUCAAAGCUGGUGUUCUUGCUCAGCUUGAAGAAGACAGAGAUCUCCGAUUGACAGCUAUAAUGAUAAAUUUCCAGGCUCAUUGUAGAUGUUAUCUCGCAAAAAAAGCUGUGCAGCAGCGAAUUCAGGAUAUCCAAGCCAUCCGUAUCAUUCAACGAAACUGUGUUGCCUACCUGAAACUUCGUAAUUGGUCAUGGUGGCGUUUGUUCACCAAGGUUCGACCCUUGCUUAGUGUUACCAGACAGGAGGAAAUUGUCGCCGCAAAGGAGGCUGAAUUACGAACACUCGUACUUGGAAUUCCUACCUCCUCUAUGUGUGUACUUGCUAAAGAGGCCCCUUGUUUAUUUGAAUUGAAUUCCAUUUUCUUUUCGCAGGUUCAAGAUGCCCUGACAAAGACUACAAUAGCCCUCACCGAGAGUAAAACAGCUUACGAAGAGGCUCAGAGUAAAUUAGUGUCUCUUGAAUCAGAAUUGCAGAUUGAGCAUGAAUCCUUCGCUGCUCUGGAUGAUCGAGAGAGAAAGCUCCGAGCGGAUUAUCAGGCUGCACUGGAAGUGGUUACCGAACUAGAAAGUCGUGAAAAUGAACUCAAGGCUCAGAUCUCUGAACUGGAAACACAGAAGAAGACUCUUGCUGAUCAAGUUGGGGACAUUUCUGAUCAGUUAGAAGCUGAAGAGCAACAUAGACAAAAGCUGCAACUUGAGAAAGGUUCUCUGGAACAGUCGAUGAAGUCUCUAACGGAAGAACAUGCUGCACUCGAUGAUAAGUACAGUAAAUUGGAGAAGGAGAAAAAGUCCAUUGAGUCCCGCCUCGCUGACGUCUCAGCUCACUUGACGAAUGAAGAGGAACGCUCUAAGCAACUCCUGAAGCUCAAAUCCAAGUUUGAGAGUACUAUCACAGAGUUGGAAGAGAAGUUGUCGAAAGAACAAUCAUCUAGGCAGGAUUUGGAACGUGCGAAGAGACGUCUUGAAGCAGAGGUAUCUGAAAAAGCUGAACAAGGAGCUGAUAGCAACCGCCUAAUUGAUGAACUCAAGCAACAGAUCACUAAUCUUGAGGGUGAACUCUCCAAGACUCAACAAAAGUUAGAUGAGGAGGUUAUGGCAAAGACUGUCACUAUGAAACAGCUCCGAGAGGCUGAGUCAAGUGUUCAAGAAUUGAGGGACGACCUUGAAGCAGAGAAAGCAGCACGCGACAGAGCUGAAAAUCUUAAACGCGACCUCAAAGAAGAACUCGAAGCACUUCGCUUAGAGCUUAUCGAUUCUGGAACGAAUUCCGAGGCCCAGGCUGAAGCGUUACGCAAACAUGAAGCUGAGUUGUCAAAUGCUCGCAAACAGCUUGAAACUGAUGCUGCUGCACAUGAAGCGGCUAUGGCUGAACUUCGAAAGAAGCACAGCGCCAAUGUGGAACAGUUAACGGAUCAGUUAGAGGCGAUAAAACGUUUGAAGGUUGCUAUGGAAUCUUCGAAGGCUCAACUUGAGGCUGGUAACUCUGACCUCACAAACCAGCUCAAUGCAGCUCUGGUUGCCAAGGCUGAAAUGGAGAAAAAGCGUCGUGCUACAGAACAGAAAUUAAACGACAAGUUCAUGAAAUUGGAGGAAUCAGAACGCAUUAGAGCAGAGCUUGAGGAAAGAUUGCAUAAAUUGACCGCUGAAUUAGAAGGUGCUAACAAGGCUUUGGAGACUUCUGAAGCAGAGUUAUCCAAACUCGCCCGUUCCGAUGCUAAUAGUGCCACAAUUAUCGCGGAACUCAAGCAGAAUUUGGAGGAUGAGACUCGUGCGAAAUUGGCACUUCAGACUCGUCUUAGACAAGCUGAGUCGGAGAGAGAAGUUGCAAAAGACGCGCUAGACGAAGAGGAACAAAAUAAGCAGGCUCUGGAGAAGCAUGUUUUCCUUCUCCAGCAACAAAUGGAUGAAGUUAAAUCUAAGGUUGUUGAAGACGCUAAACAGCUUGAAACUUUAGAGGAUACUCGCAAGAAACUUCAGCGUGAAAAGGAUGAGUUAGCCAACAGAAAUGAGGAACUAACUGCGCAAGUAGAAAAAUUGGAGAAAUCACGAAGAAAAUUGCAAGGAGAGUUGGAGGACGCAAAUCACGCUCUCGCCGGUCAGAGAUCCGACCAAGUCAACAGCGAGCGCCGUCUGAAGAAACUCGAAACUGCACUAGCCGAUGCUCAGGCUAAUGCCAAGCGCCUUCAAGAAGAGAAAGACCAGACGGACAGAGAUAUGCGUGAACGCGAGACUCAGUUACUCAACCGUGAUCGUGAACUCGAGGACCUUCAAGAACGCCUAGAGGAGUCAGAACGCCAGAGGACGAACUUGAGUCGUGAAUUGGAGGAACUUGUCUCUCACACGGAUGAUGCGGGAAAGAGUAAGAUUGAGCUGGAACAGGCCAACUUCCAGUUAGAAAAUCAACUGAAGGAGUUGAAACAACAGUUUGAGGAGUUGGAGGAUGAUCAGGCUCAUCUUGCAAUGGAGAAACAGCGCGCUGACCUUCAAAUCAACGCUCUGAAGGCUCAACUGGAACGCGAGCUGGCCAACCGCAGUGAAGGUUUUGAGGAGCAACGCCGUCAACUGAUGAAACAGUUGCGUGAAACCAAGGAGGAACUUGAAGACGAAAAGAAACAACGCGUCACCGCUCUCCUCUUACGCAAGAAGUUUGAAUCCGAUUUAACAGAAGCCAAUCAAAGGGCUGAUGCAGCUGAAAGACAACGCGAUGAAGCUGCCAAACAGCUUAAACGUCUUCAAACUGUUGGCCUGGAGAUGAAACGCGAUUUGGAUGCUUCACUCAAAUUGCGAGAUGAAGCUCUCUCUGCCAUGCGAGAGAUAGAAAAGAGGAUACGUACUGCGGAAGCGGAGAGAGCUCAAGCUAUGGAAGAUCUGGCAACGUCGGAACGACUCUGUCGGUCGGCCAAGUCAGAGAGAGAUGAAGCACUCGAGGAAGCCAAUGCUGCUCUAAAUGCCAAGAAUACUCUUCUCGAAGAUAAGAAACGCCUUGAGGCCUCUAUUAUGCAUCGUGAUGAGGAAUUAGAGGAAGCGCAGACAGCUCGUGAGGAAGCUGAAGACCGCUACAAGCGCACUCUGGGUCUGUUGGAGCAAGCACAAGUAGACCUGGGUCUCGAGCGCACCAAUGCUCAACGCAUUGAGGCACAACGAGCUGCCAUGGAGAAGCAGAUCAAGGAGAUGCGUGAAAAGCUUGCCGAUCAGGAAAGAGACAGCGGCAAACGCCUCAAACUUCAAGUCACUGCGCUGGAGGAGAGACUUGCUGCUAUGGAUGAACAGUUGGAGAAUGAAAACAAGGAGAGACAAAGUGCCAACCGCACUGCCAGGCGAUUGGACAAGAGGCUGAAGGAAGUUUCACUCCAACUGGAGGAAGAAAAGGCCUAUGUGGCCCAAUUGAAGGAUCAGUUGGACAAGACACAGACCGCUUGCAAACGGAACAAGCAGAACUUGGAGGCCAUGGAGGACGAGGCAAGCAACCUGAGGACACAGAAGCGUCGUAUACAACGUGACCUUGAGGAAACCACUGAACAGAAGGAGGCAUUUGAACGCGAACUCCAAAUGCUUCGAUCCAAGCUCAAUCGGUUAACAUCUCGAACGAUGGACUCCCUCAAUGGAGACUCGGCGGAUUCGGACUCAUUUGUUGAUAUAUUUGGAGUUCGUGGCACUCGGAUGGGUUCCACCGGAGUACCUCGUCCUUCAGCUCGAGCGGGUGGAGAAGGUACCCCUGAAGAUGCCCAAUCCGGUGCUGAUGUCGAUUUAUCGGCUUCUAAUGAGGGUACCCUCAAUGAGACGGCUAGUAAUAUUAAUUCCUAA